AACCUUACAACACACCCAUUUUUGACUCCGCUGAGUUAGUUCCGGAUCAUUCGACGACAAAGACACGUUUUGUACCGACACAUAUACACCCACGCACACUUUUGGUGAUCUACCCCGGACAUUUCAAGUGUGCAUCACGCCUGUCUACACCCGGAUGAUGGCUACUGAAGCCACUGUUGGAGGGCCUGUCGAUGUAUCUGUGAACGAGCCAUCGCUUAACCAGCCUACUUCAACGGAAUCGAGCCUUCAAAAUGGCAGCCCAUUAAAUGUUCCAGCCAGCCGAACAGUUGACGACCUCGAAAACAAGCAGAUUACUGAAAUUGUUGAUGAACUUGUCAACUCUGCGGAGGCUAGCGUUAGUGACGGUUCGGACACUGAAGCAUUCAAAGCCGACCCUACCAAAUCUUCGAGCGAGAAGGGUCACCUUCGAUCUUCCUCGACCGUAAAGAAGCCCCAAAGCUUCAAGUCUGUUUCGGUAAAUCGGACAUUUCUUGCCUCCAAGAGUGCCACGGGCUCAGCAUCGCGCCCCGAGUCUGCCGCUGGAUCUACCUCAACGACGCCUCAACCUACCGUUUCGUCAUCUGCCUCGCGCCUGAAGCUAGUUGCAAAAUCCGGUAGUAAUUUGGGUGGUGCUUCUAAGACCCUGAGCGUAAACGGAAAGUCUGGUGUACCAGAUCCUAGUUUAGUAUGGAAUCGCAAUCGCGCACCCGUUCAACCAGACACUAAGAAGCGUUCCGACGAAGAACUGAAGCAUGAUGGUAUUCAUCUGGCAGAUCGCCUUGGCCCUGAGGAUUUGAAGGGUCAGUCGAAUUGGGCCGAUAUCGACGAUGACGAUGAAUGGGCACCAGACACCAUAACGUGGGGUGAUGGCACCAAGAUUACGUUGCCGCCUGCCGAUGAAGUUACAGCAAGCCCGGUUGCCCAACCAGCACUCGUUGACAAAGUCAAGAAAGAUCCAAUCCUUGUCCCCAAAUCGAAGUCUCCCGCUCCUGUCUCUAGCGCAUCCGGAUCUCCCUCCAUCAAACAUGGUGUCCUAGCCUCGGGGAAGGGCCUUGUUCUCAAAGGUGCCCCAGAGAAGCCUACUUUAGUUGCGAAACCACCGGCACCCACCGGUCCUGCAAAAUCUCCGUGGGCUACACUGCCACCAGUUGAUAAGGUGUCUCCGGUGGUUAUGGAGCUACCGGGUCAAGCGCCACUUUCGCGAUACCCAUUGCGUGAUGCAUCAAACGCUAAAAGCGCUACGCCGCCGCCGCCUACCAAAGAGAUCGCAGCAGACGAUUUUAGCAGGAACUAUCGUGAUUCACAGUUCAACACUAACCGUGAGCUCUUUAACUCUCAAUCUGGCCGCUACGAACCUGUUUCGGACCGGAGGGGUUCUCGGCAUGAUAUUUAUGCUCGUCAGCCGGCUCUAUUGCAUCGUCAGGGUCACAACGAACAGCAGGGGCCCGCAGAGCCGUCAGCGGCUUUUCAGACAAGCCGAAAUAGUGUGCAAGAAGGACCAUAUGGUCGCCGUCGGGGUUCCUCUAACGUUAGCGGAGGAAGUGGUCAUCUGGCGCACCGAAUUGGGGGGAAACCUCACGACAUGCCGCCUCCAGUGGAACUUGGCUUAAAUCAAGGUUCAGCGCCUUUGCCAAGUGGUGCAUCGGUUCCUGGCAGCGUUGGAAGCCCCGUCAUUUCGCAAGUAUUUCCAGCUAACAAUCUCCCACCGAAUCAGCGCGUACACCCACCCCCUUAUCAACCACUAUUAUCACCUCACCAAACUCACGCUGUACCAUAUCAAAACACAUAUAACCAGGAGCCGCCACAGGCUGGUUCCGACGUGGAAACACUCCAAAAGGAGAUCAUGAAACAGAAACGAGAAGAGGCGAGAAGGCGGCGAUUGGAUCAGGAAGAACGCGAGGAAGCUGCAAAAAAAGCACGUAUCGCCGAGAAACUCAAAGCUCUUGGUCCAGCCCCCGAGCGUAAAAGUGCUAAGAAAGAUAUACCUAGUGUUAUUCAAAAAACGGAAAUCCCUGCAGCCCUUGCCGUACGAUCCAAGACUGCAUCUGACACGAAAUCCGCAACCGAUACCAUGCCUCAUGGAACCGAUUCAGAUGCUAAGGUUGACAAGCCUGCUGCAAUCGAUAGUACGUCGAAGGAGGCCGCUGAACCAGACUCGCAUGUGACAAAUGGACCUACGAAGCCGCCCAUGGACUAUGAUCAACCCCGAAUGCCUUCAGCUCAGUCAGUAGCUAGUACGCAUGGCCAAUCCGCAACAUCAUGGUCUGAGGCGUCUCAGCAACCAGAUCGGUUUCCAGCCUGGACUGGUGGCCACAAGAAUACUUCCAGAAAUGUGUGGGGUGCACCUGGGAAUGACAGGUCACUAGGCAAUGGAACAUUCAACGCUGAUAUUGGACCUCUACCUGAUUCCCACGUAGCCCCAGGUACCAAUCUGAUUCAUCGUCCCGCGCCCAUAGCACCACCCCGACCUACUCAAGCAUCGCAAUCUGAAGCCCAAUCGAACCGUCUCCCUCCUAUUGGGCCCCCUCGUGCACAGCCUAAUCCUGCGAAUGCUUGGAAUUCCUACGACGCCCAAGCCGAUGAUGAGCGAAGACGAGUGGAAAGAAUUAAGCAGAGAGAGGUGCUAGCUGAAAAAGCCUCGGGGCCUAUAUUCACGGAUACCUGGCGUUCGGUAGAUCUGAAUGGUGAGGGCAAACGCAGCUCAGUUGGAACAUACGCCCAGUCACAUAGAGAGCCUCCAGCCGAUUUACCAGAGGUUGAUAGAACUGCUUCGCAGUCAGAAGUUGGACGGCCGGCAGCUGGCCCUCCUUCAACUCCUGCACCACCAACAGGCCCUUCAGCACAGACUCGCACUGGUUCUCGCUUUUUCCCCUCAAAGGAGGUACCAUUUUCUACACAGCCGAUUCCGCGGUCAAAGUCGCCUACGCCACCUCCGCCAACAGCCGACGGUCACCCUGUAUACGACGGAGAUGCUACUAAGCCUCUCGUUGCACUUCCUCCCAUGAGACCGAGGGUGAAGCUUCCACCAUCUGCUCAAUCAGCUGCUCCCGGUCCUAUUGCGCCUCCUUCUAAACCAGCGCCUGUAACAUUCGCUGCAGCUGCCGCUGGGGCUGCCUCAACUGCAUCUAAUACACUGUCCAGGUCAUCCGAGACGAGCGUAACUGGCCGCCCAGUCAGCCGAGGGCGGGGUUUUAAUGGGAUACCCCAGAAGCCUCAUGAGAUCGCCUCGCAGGAAAAUUGGCAAAGCAAGAUUAAUAAUCUUAUGGGAAAGAAGUCCACUUCUCCUGCCAAAUAUAUACCCAUAGGUUCAAUGGCGGACUCAUUUGAGUACUCUCGUUCACAUGAUCACAUGGAUGUCCCUAUUCUUUCCCCCGCCGGCAGUGACUCUACAGACGACAGCGCGAUUACAACGAAGGAGAUGGCCGAGGAAUGUUUUGGGGAGCAAGAAAUGGGGUCUCUCCCCGCUGUGCUUCUGCCAGUGGAAACACCAGAUGCAGCAUGGCAAGCUGUGAAGCCCAAUUGGAUUCCUACCCCGACCGAACUACGUGUCUCCCCUAGUGGUUGCGAGCCGUUCAAGUUUAGUUUCGAUUAUGUUGGAGACAAGAGUGUUAUUCGCAUAUCUGCUCCUGGCAUGGCUGGUGCUAAAACUGUGGAUGCUCCUCUGCUCAAUCCACGGUCAGGAAGCAACCCUCGGCGUGCGGGACCCCGUACCGGAAGUUCUCGCCAUCCUGCUCGACCUAGCCGUCGGGGCGGUCGAGACCCAGUAGAUCACGCUGGUGAUCAUAGCACGACCUCUUCCUCCAGCCGCGCAGUAUCGAGUCGUACAGAGCGUAGAUUCCGACCUCGUGGCGGAGAACCCUGGGGUAGACAUGCCCCUUCAACGUCUGCAGCACAGUCUUAAUCGGACCUCAAGUUGACAACACAGCUUGAAUUAGCUCCGAUGACUGCAAACACUUCCACAACACUAGGAGUAAUUUUUUUUUUCGAUGCGGCAUAUACUACUUUCUUAUUCAUUCA